AGUGAGCGAGCGUUGAGGAGACUAGCGUAGAGUAGAGUAGAACUAGAGCAGAGAGAUAUCAUAUACUACUAGUAAGUAUAUAUAGCGGCGCAUCCUAUCCAGAGGCCGCGUAGCGUAUCAUAGCGUAUCGUACUGCGCUGUGAAAACGUGAAAAAUAAAACCCCGUUGAGAAGAGGAAGGAAAGCAGAAAGGAAGGAAGGAAGGAAGGAAGCUGCUCUCACCUUCCCCAUUCUUCCAGAAUUCACCCUCCAGACUCUCUUUGUGCCUGUGCCGUACCGAUUCUCUUCUCUUCCUCAUCGUCCAGCCAAAUGGAACGGCACCGUCCCCUGACUCUACCAAGACUGAUCCGUGGCAUCCUCUGCAUAAUCACAUUGAUCUUAACAGCAUUCGUGCUCUUGAUCUUUUUUGGAUUCUGGACAGCUGUUGUCCUGAGGUUUUUCAGCCUACAUCUCAGCAGGAAGCUGACGGCCUUCUUCUUUGGGAGAUGGAUUGCUCUGUGGCCAUUCCUAUUUGAGAAGAUAAAUAAGACUAAAGUGAUCUUUUCCGGAGAACAGGUUGGUCCUCAAGAGCGCGUGUUGCUUAUCGCAAACCAUAGAACUGAAGUUGACUGGAUGUACUUGUGGGACCUUGCAUUGCGGAAGAAAUCCGAGGGUUGCAUCAAGUAUAUCCUCAAGAAUAGUUUGAUGAAGCUGCCUGUAUUUGGUUGGGUUUUUCACAUAAUGGAGUUUAUUCCCGUUGCUCGAAAAUGGGAAGAGGAUGAGUUGAAAAUGCGUAGCUUGCUCAAGUCUUUUGGAGACUUCCGGGAUCCUUUGUGGCUCGCUAUUUUUCCCGAAGGCACUGAUUUCACAGAAGAGAAGUGUUUACGCAGUAAAAAAUACGCAUCUAAAAAUGGGCUGCCUUUGCUAAAUAAUGUGCUUCUUCCGAAGACAAAAGGCUUUUAUGCAUGUUUGGAAACGUUGCGGGGCUCAUUGGAUGCAGUUUACGACGUAACAAUUGGGUACAAGCACCGGUGCCCCUCGUUCCUAGACAAUGCCUUCGGCAUAGACCCCUCGGAAGUUCACAUCCACAUUCGCCGUAUUUCCCUGAACAACAUUCCAACAUCUGAAGACCAAGUAUCAACUUGGUUGAUAAAUACAUUUGAGACGAAGGACCGACUGCUGUCGGAAUUUUACUCGGGAGGUCACUUCCCUAGUGAAGGUACUGAGGCUGACCUUAGUAUGGCUGAGUGUGUACUAAACUUCUUAUUUGUCAUGACCAUAACCUGUGCAUGUACAUAUCUCACCCUUUUCUCCUCAAUCUUCAGAAUUUAUGUUUCUCUAGCCUGUUCUUACAUGGUAACCGCGACGUAUUUCGAUAUUCGCCCUUCUCCUAUUCCUAUUUUUGGUCCAUAAAUUGCUGGACUCAACCUUAUUUAUCUUCUAACAUUUGUACUAUCUAUGGACGGUAUAAUAUCUCUCUCUAUAUCUGUGUUUAUUUCCUUCAGUAGUUUAUGUUGUAAUAGAACUGUUGUUAACUCAUUCAGCUUACCUUCAGCUAGAAACUAUAAAUAAAAAUAAAUGUUGUUAAAGCAAUAGAACUUCUUCUUCCUCUUUCCUUA